CAGCGGGAUACUGCAAGUUGAACUCGAAGCCGGGAAGUCACGGUUAGGAACAAACGCGGUUGCGCGGUGCUUGUGCGACGGCCACAAAGUGCAUUCAUCAACGGCCGCCGCUGUCGAUUUGUUGCAACGCGCAAGUCACGCUCCUCCUCGAGACCUUCGUCGUGACCUCUCGCUCUCCCGUCUCCGUCUCGCCUGAAAAAGACCCCCAUCUCCGUCGUUCGCCCCGUCAACUUACUCGCCCCAACACAACAGCCAUGCGUUCCACACUAGCAGCAGCAGCAGCAGCGUCCCGCCUGGCUCUCCUCAGGCAGUCCCGGCUAUGUGCGCCAGCGCGCCGUGGGUAUGCUUCCCCUGCUGGGACUCCACCGCCAGCUGAGGGGUUCAUGCCAGGUGUCGCUACCAGUCGGUUUAUGAAGCAAACGACGGAGCAGGCUCUGGCUACCAAGGGUCUCCUUGGCUCUCCCGGAACCGAGUCCAAGAAGCUCAACUUGUUCCAAAGUGUCAACGAGGCUAUGGACAUUGCUCUGGCCACUGACCAGAACGCAGUGGUGUUUGGUGAGGAUGUCGGAUUCGGAGGUGUCUUCAGGUGCACGAUGGGUUUGCAAGAAAAAUACGGGCAAGAUCGUGUCUUCAACACCCCACUGACGGAACAGGGCCUGGUUGGAUUCGGUAUUGGCAUGGCUGCCGUGGGUCACACCGCUAUUGCAGAGAUUCAAUUUGCGGACUACGUCUUCCCUGCUUUCGACCAGAUCGUGAACGAGGCGGCAAAGUACCGGUAUCGAUCUGGGAACCAGUUUGACUGUGGAGGCCUGACCAUCCGUAUGCCGUGCAUGGCGGUCGGACACGGAGGGCACUACCACUCGCAAAGUCCGGAAGCGUACUUUGCUCACACUCCUGGUCUGAAAGUGGUAGUCCCGCGGUCCCCAUUGCAGGCGAAAGGACUUCUACUAGCUGCCAUCCGCGACCCCAACCCUGUGUUGUUCAUGGAGCCGAAGAUUCUGUACCGUGCUGCUGUCGAGCAAGUGCCAACCGGUGAUUACACGCUGCCAAUAGGGAAGGCCGAGAUCUUGCGCGAAGGCAAGGACAUUACAAUUGUUUCUUGGGGAUCACAACUAUACGUUCUCGAGACCGCCAUCGCAAUGGCAGAAAAGGAGAUACCCGGUCUGUCCGUCGAGCUCAUUGACCUGAGGUCCGUCCUGCCGUGGGACGUGGAAACUAUUGAGAAGUCCGUCAACAAAACCGGACGCCUGUUGAUCGCACACGAAGCCCCCGUCACCUCCGGUUUCGGUGCCGAGAUCGCAGCGACCAUCCAAGAACGAUGCUUCCUGCGACUCGAAUCUCCCAUCCAACGUGUCUGCGGCUGGGACGUGCCUUUCCCCUUGGUCUUUGAAAAGUUCUACGUCCCCAGCGCCAUCCGUUGUGUGGACGGCAUCAAGAGGUCGUUGAACUACUGAGCAGCUUAUUGACAUUGGAGGGAGUACUGCCGUAGUAGGCAGCUCAUAGGACAGGCAGGACCUUUGACGGGGCGUCACCAUCCAUCCUUCGCUGUAGAGGGAAUUGUAGAUUUUUAUUUUGGGGCUGUCUUCGUAGCGCAGAUAGAUAUCGGCGCUGAGAUUGUUCCUGCGACACAUAGAUCAUCUUGCAUCCAUACUCGGGUUCGGUUGGGAUUUGUCUGAUUUGUUCAUGAGCCUGCAGCUGAGCCUGGAGGCUCCGAAUCCAUGAAGCUCU